AUGUCCCUUCGUGAAGAUGCUGUAGAAACGGACGGAAAAUGCGGGCGUUACGACGAGCUCUCGGAAGAUUGGUUCUCCGACAAUGAGAGUAUAUGCUCCUCCGUCUCUGACGCUUCCACUUUACCUUCCCAUGUUGUGGUCAAACGGCAGUCAUAUCCUCACUGGGAGGAAGGAGUUCUGAAAGACGAGGUUGUUUUACAAACCCACGGAAGGCAGGAUGAGAAGCUAUGUCAACAGCACGAGCUUAAGUCUAAUGGUCCAGAGUCAGUGCCACGAUCUCAUACUUACGCCACAGAAUCUUCCUCUUUAUCUGCACCGAUUACGGGAGAGAGGAUCAACCCUCAGCUUUAUGGACAGUCUCCGAACGACCCGAGCCCAUUCACCUCUUCCGUUCCCCCUCAUCUCCCUCCCGCAACUCAGUUUCCACCUCUGGAUCCUCGGGCUGAGCUCCUAAAACCAACCCGAGAGACACGCGAGAUCACGACGUUCAGCUUCGCCAGGCUGCAGAUGUUGGUCGACGACUCUGCCGAACGCAAGUCGACGUUGUCUAUUCUUGCCGGAGUGCACAACCAAGUACAGGGACCACUACGGAAUCCGUCAUUGUGGAGCUUGCCUUCGGGCUCUGGGCCAAACGACAAUGGAGCUAAUGGGACGAGAGCAUUCACGCCAUCCUCUCAGUCUGUCGAAGAUGUUCGUGAUGAUCUGACUGUGGAUAACUGGCCGAUCAUGAAGGAUGAACAACUUACAGCUCUGCGAUCCAUCGAACUUGCGUUUGGCGAUUCUUUCAGUCCAGGAGCUUCUUCGGCGAGUUCUAAUUCUGGUAACAAGACUCCUGAUCAUAACAGCAAUGUCAAUGGUACGAAUGAAGGCGUCAUACAACAAAGGUUUGACUGCACCUGCGGUCAUAGCAAACAUUACGUGCGUCCAUUCGUUGAUGACGAUGACGAUGGUGAUCGUGGGACCACCUGGACUUGUUCGGAACUCGGUGGCGAGGAGGAUAACACCGAUGAUUACGGGAAUCGCGUUAGAGAUAUCAUACGCGAAGACACAGUAUCUGCCAUUGAAAGUUACGCCGCAUCCGAGUCCUCCAGACGCGCGAAUGCUAGCUCCGCUUCUCUGAAUUCCACAUCAAAUUCGCGCACAUCGUCAGAGUUUUAUUUAUCGCCAAACUUCCCUGACUCUGAUCAUGCAAAUAACUACUUUCCCGAGGCAACACCUGUGCUUGGAAAUGGCCAAAGGGAAGAUUCAACCGAUGAAGAACGUGAUAUUCAUCGUGUUCAUUUCCCUGCUCAGUCGUUUCGAACGCCAUCCAAUUCUGGCUUUCGCAACUUUCUUGACGCAGCUCGCCGUCGCAUGUCUAGCAUCAGUGGUACUUCUCGUCCUGCAGGCGGGAAGAAAUCGUCUCAACGUGAACGCCGCAAAACGCUUGCCACCUCCACAGAGCUAGAAACUCACAACCAUAUGACUGUAGAUGGUCUUCCCGCAGGGUCCAAUGGAGAUACACCACGCUUCUUUGCGGACCUUGGACGUUCACGCACUUUGCGACCUCUUGAUGUUACGGCUUCUACCUGCAAAUCGGAAGUACCGCUUGUAGAGGAUUCUAGUGGUUCCGAACAGAGGUCUCAAGCACUUGUUUCGUCCACCCGCGGAAAUGGGGAACGCUCCCGCAAUAAACGCAAUUUCUGGCGCCGUUUUUCGCUACAGCUCGGACAUAACAGCAAAGACGAUGAGAAUUCUGAAGCAACCCCAUCGUCAGAUGUGCCACCGGUCUCACUUCAGACUUCUCCGCCUUCAGGUUCGGAUGUGCGUUCUCCUUCGUUGCCAGAGGAAACUCGGCCUCGUGCGUCGUCUGGCUCGGUCCUAUUUCGUAGCUUUAGACUUGCCGGUCCGAGGAGUCCGCGACCUGACGGACGGAGAGGUGCUGAGAGGAAUUGAGGCGGACUCGUGCUGCGGAACAACGUUGUUGCUCCGUCGGUGUCUUUGGGAGGUUCGGAGGAAAACCCUUGAAGAUGUAUUGGACGGAACGAACAAUGGAAGAAGCGGCCCUUUUCCCCUUUCAUGUUCUUGGACUAACUAACUGCGUUGUCAUUUUGUGUAUCUGCAGGAGGAAUGCGACGAUGUGCAUUUUCUGCGCUCUCCGUUUCUCGUUCCGCUUAACAUUGUAGUGUUGUGAACGGAAGUUAU